AUGGCGAUCCAGCAAGCCCAAGAGCCCUAUCGUGGCUACAAUGACGAGAGCCGAGCCCAUUGGGUGUUAAUUCCAACGAUUCUUUUUACCAUUCUCUGCCCUCUUCUCCUCGCCAUCCGAAUCCACGCCCGCAGAGCGACCACGAUGUUGGACCGUGGUGAUUGGAUCAGUGCCACAGCUUUGUUCUUCAACAUAUCUACCAAUAUCAUGUUCUUUGCCAUGGUCAGCCACGGUUUCGGCAAGCAUUCCGAUGUUAUCCCCAAGCACGAUCUCUUUUCAGCCCUUCAGAUCUGGUUCUUUGGUCAAAUCACCCACAAGAUUGCUCUCCAUCUCACCAAGGUCUCGCUCCUCUUGCUCUACGUCCGGAUCUUUAGUCACGUCCGAGCGUUCAAGUUAACAGCAAUGGGCCUGAUUUACUUUAUCCUCCUUUACAUGACCUCUUCGAGCAUCGUGGGAAUUUGCCAAUGCAUCCCCGUCGCCUCAGCCUGGGAUCUCGACAUCCGUGGAAAGUGUCUGAACCUUUACAUCAUCUGGAACAUGAACGCCAUCGUCUCUCUGGUCACCGAUCUCAUCAUCUUGGUCCUCCCGUUCCCUCUUGUCUUUAGAUUGCACAUCCCCCUGAGCCAGAAGCUUGCGUUGAUGCCAGUGUUUGGAUUGGGUGUGUUUAUUGUGGUGGCAUCGGCUCUCCGAGUCCAGUCGCUCCUGGUGAGCCAUGUGACGGACAGGACAUACGACAUCAUUGGAACGUUGUGGACGAUCAUCGAGUAUAAUCUCGCGUUUGUUUGCUUGUGCUUGCCUUCGGUGAGGGUGCUGUUGGUGAGAACCUGGCCAACAAUAUUCAAAAGCUCUGUUGGAAGAAGCCAGACUAGUGGUGCCACGGCUGGGCACAGAUAUGCGAGGGCCGGUGGGGGGGCCACAACCUGGCCCGUUAAGAUCGAGCUGGACGACCGCCCCUGGUCACGUGUGGGGGGUGAUGCUGGGCUGGAUGGGUCGGAUAGUACCGACGAGAUCCUCGGGUCUGGCGAGGGGGGUGAGGCUGGUGUUGAGCCAGCAGGGAUCACCAGGACGGUGGAGUUCGGGGUUGAGUUCGCGCCUGUGAGCGCUCCAGCUCGUGCGGCGACGCGCGAGAACCGGGCCCGCGAGUCCGAGGCCUGA